CAAGCUUCCCCAUUCUCUCUCACUUAUAAAUUCAGAUGGAGCUGUCACUGCAUGUCCUCAAGCUUUCCUUUUCGAUUUCUUUCAAGAGAUUCGAUCUGUAUACCAAGUGGUGAAGAAAGAUGGUGAAGGCUGCGAAAGGGCAGAAGCAAAAGACAGUUCAUCAGAUCCUAGAGCAAUGGCAGCGGUUGAAGCCAUUCGAGCGAAAGGAGAGAAGAAGAAAAUCUAGGAAGGGCAAGAGCGUGAGAAAAGGGUGUAAGCCGCGCAAAGGAGGGCCUGAAAAUGGGCUGUUCAAUUACAAAGGCGUGAGGCAGCGCAAAUGGGGAAAAUGGGUGGCCGAAAUCAGAGAGCCGAACGAUGGAAAGCGCCUCUGGCUCGGCAGCUUCAAUACCGCUGAUGAGGCCGCUCUGGCAUAUGACCAAGCCGCUCAAAUCAUGUAUGGCUCUUCUGCAAGCCUCAAUAAUCCUCCUCCUCAACCUCAAGCUGAUACCAAUGUGAGUGAUUCAAAGCCAAGUGAAGAGCUGUCCCUCAAUCUUGAAAGCACCCAUUGCGAUCUGGAUGCUGCCCAUGACGAGCUGCUGAGCAUAGAUAUAGAUGAGGUGUUCAACAUCUUUGAGAAUGAUGGAGGAGGAGAUGAGAAUUUUUCUUUUGAAACGCCGAGUGAUAUAGCGUCGUGCAGCUCUUCUGAAGCCUCUUCGCCAUAGCAAUUUGUGGCUACUCAGUAGCUAGAGUACACCAUGGGAUUAAUUAGAAAAUGAAAUUUCGGAUGGUGGAUUUUGUAAAAAUCGUCUUCUAUAUAGGAAUGCUCGUAUUGGUUUUGUAAAAAUCGUCUUUUAUAUAGGAAUGGUCGUAUUGGUUUUGUUGGAAGUGUAAGGAUUCUGAUGAAUCUCUCCUUCCAAAUCUACAAUCCUGUAUCUAUUUUAUGUUUCGUCGAUUAAUGAGAUACAUAACUGCAAGUUUUCCGUUUUCAA